CAAGCUGACUUCAUUCUAAAAAUGUACUUAUAUGAAUAUCACCAAUGUUUUGUUCAACAACAAAGAUUCAUAAGGUACUUUAUUUGCCGGUCCACAGGGACUGGCAGUCUCAUGAAAUACCAGUCCAAGCCUCAUUUUACCGGUAAACGGGAACACUGUUUCUCUUUCACUAACUAUGAAAGGAUGUAAGGAAAUUCAUAGGAGAACUUCAUCAUGAGUACAAUGUUUUAACCAAUAGAUAGUAUGUUCUCGACUUCCCAUUCGUUAAACCCCAUAUCCUUCGUCCAUAUUGAUCUCGCAUCUAUGUCAGGAAGCAAGUACAAACUAUUUUUUUUUAUUCCACAUAACUUCCAUGGUCAUCUUCUGGAUACGAAACCCAGCCCGAUAUCAAGACUGACUAGUUUUAUAAUACAGUGAGUGCACCCGCUUCAUGUCACCAUGAACAUGAACACACAGAAUCUGGCCGGGACCAUCACCAUCAACCCAGCCCACAUCACCUCCGACAUGAUGAGUGACGGCAUGAGUGGCCCCAGCUCGCCUGAGAGUGAACCCUUUGACCCCACAGACCUCCUGACAGCCGAUGAUGUCACCUCUCAACUAGCAGCCUCAGGCACAGUAGGUAUUGCUGCAGCGGCUGCCAUAGCAACUGGUAAGAAACGAAAACGUCCACAUAUGUUUGAGACGAAUCCCUCCAACAGGAAACGACAGCAAACUAGAUUACUAAGGAAGCUGAAGAUGGCCAUUGAGGAGUUCACAACACGAGUUGGUCAGCAGGCUGUCAUUGUCUGCUGUACUCCAGGCAAAGGGACCAAGUCAGUCCAGUCGUUCAAAGUGUUCGGUUCACAGCCUCUUGAGAGUGUGAUGCGCAACUGUCGCAACAUGAUUCUCCAGGACCUUGAGACAGCCCUUGCAGAGCAAGUUAUGCCGCAGAUGGAGAACUCCAGCAUACAUGACUUACCUCCCUUGUGUAUUGAUGGCAUCCCCACGCCAGUUGAUAAGAUGACUCAGGCCCAGCUGCGAGCCUUCAUCCCACUCAUGCUGAAGUAUUCCACUGGGCGGGGUAAGCCUGGGUGGGGCAAACCUGAACACCGCCCAAUCUGGUGGCCAGAGGAUCUGCCCUGGGCCAAUGUCCGCAGUGAUGCUCGCACAGAGGAACAGAAGCAGAAGGUUUCUUGGACCGAGGCACUCCGCACCAUUGUAAAAAAUUGUUAUAAAAAUCAUGGCCGUGAAGAUCUGCUUCACAUCUUCAAUGAUGAAGGAACAUCCACGCAACAGGCUCAGCCCCAGUAUGCUGCAGCCAUGAAUGGAACCUUGCUUCAGACAGUCAACAACCCAGACGGCUCUGUCUCCAUCAUACAAAUAGACACAACCACUCCAGGCAGUGUCGUCACUCUGCCUGAUGGAACACAAGCCACUGUGGUACACGCGCAAGUUCACAGCAGUCAGCAGCAGCAGCAGCAGCAGGAGACAGCUCAGGCAGUGCACACACUUGCUGAUGGUUCCAUUGCUCAGGGAGACCAAGUCCAUAUGAACUCUCUCAGUCUGGAUAUGACGGACAGCCACGCCCAGCAGGCUGUUGCUCUUCACGGGGCCUCACUCGGUCAGGAUCAUCAGCUGGUGCUCACUGGGGACACAAAUCUUUGUGCAACAGAUUCAGGUGUUGUGACUAUUCCAGUGUCCCUCUACCAACUAGUCCAUCCCAACGUGAACCUGUCAGGAUCCCAGCUGGCCCAGUCACAACCAGGCAUGCACUUGUCCACAUGUAAAGAUACAAGCAGCAUGUCACUCCAGCCUGUUGAGGUCAUGUCAGUCAGUCAGACAGGGGACACAUGACCAGUCUGAUGGCAGUGAUGACAUACAAUCUCAUGCGAGUGCUGAAACAUCUUGUCAAUGCUCAAACAGUGAUGUUUCACAAACCCAGACCAUGCUCCUCCCUUGUGUACAGAUGUAUAUGUUAACAUGGCUUAGCUGUGUGAUGGCCGACCCAGGGAGCCUUGUGCUACAACUACAGGACAUGUCCCUGGACACUGCACCAUACUGGUUGUGAACGUAUAAACUGUAUGUGGAUAGCUCAGUGUAGUGGGGCCACACUGACAGCAGCAGAACUGAUGAUACAGAUGACAGUAGGGAACAACUGCAUUGUUUUCUCUUCAAUGCACAGAUGCAACACAACAGUACUUGCUUUCUGUUUCAGUGAUCAAGAUUUUGCAAGUUCUAUUGCUGUAUCUCAGAUUUCCAAUAGGUUUCAGUAGAGGUCCAGUUAGACAGCUGGUAUGUAGUCAGUAGUACCACACACUCCUACUUCAGCAUCUAAGUCCUGACCCAGUUAGACAGCUUGUAUGUAGUCAGUAGUACCACACACUCCUACUUCAGCAUCUAAAUCCUGACCCAGUUAGAGAGCUUGUAUGUAGUCAGUAGUACCACACACUCCUACUUCAGCAUCUAAAUCCUGACCCAGUUAGAGAGCUUGUAUGUAGUCAGUAGUACCACACACUCCUACUUCAGCAUCUAAAUCCUGACCCAGUUAGACAGCUGGUAUGUAGUCAGUAGUACCACACACUCCUACUUCAGCAUCUAAGUCCUGACCCAGUUAGAGAGCUUGUAUGUAGUCAGUAGUACCACACACUCCUACUUCAGCAUCUAAAUCCUGACCCAGUUAGAGAGCUUGUAUGUAGUCAGUAGUACCACACACUCCUACUUCAGCAUCUAAGUCCUGCCUCAGUUAGACAGCUUGUAUGUAGUCAGUAGUACCACACACUCCUACUUCAGCAUCUAAGUCCUGCCCCAGUUAGACAGCUUGUAUGUAGUCAGUAGUACCACACACUCCUACUUCAGCAUCUAAGUCUUGCCCCAGUUAGAGAGCUUGUAUGUAGACAGUAGUACCACACACUCCUACUUCAGCAUCUAAGUCCUGCCCCAGUAGACAGCGUGUAUGUAGUCAGUAGUACCACACACUCCUACUUCAGCAUCUAAAUCCUGACCCAGUUAGAGAGCUUGUAUGUAGUCAGUAGUACCACACACUCCUACUUCAGCAUCUAAAUCCUGACCCAGUUAGAGAGCUUGUAUGUAGUCAGUAGUACCACACACUCCUACUUCAGCAUCUAAGUCCUGCCUCAGACAGCUUGUAUGUAGUCAGUAGUACCACACACUCCUACUUCAGCAUCUAAAUCCUGCCCCAGUUAGACAGCUUGUAUGUAGUCAGUAGUACCACACACUCCUACUUCAGCAUCUAAGUCUUGCCCCAGUUAGAGAGCUUGUAUGUAGACAGUAGUACCACACACUCCUACUUCAGCAUCUAAGUCCUGCCCCAGUUAGACAGCUUGUAUGUAGUCAGUAGUACCACACACUCCUACUUCAGCAUCUAAGUCCUGCCCCAGUUAGACAGCUUGUAUGUAGUCAGUAGUACCACACACUCCUACUUCAGCAUCUAAGUCCUGCCUCAGUUAGACAGCUUGUAUGUAGUCAGUAGUACCACACACUCCUACUUCAGCAUCUAAGUCCUGCCUCAGUUAGACAGCUUGUAUGUAGUCAGUAGUACCACACACUCCUACUUCAGCAUCUAAGUCCUGCCCCAGUUAGACAGCUUGUUGUUUUCACACCUAUAGUUGUCAGUUUUCAAGAUUUUGAUCUUCUAUUUAUUGAUGAUGAGCUGGAAUAUCAUGAUAAAAGGACCCUUAUCCCAGCUAAAUGCUGACAAGGUGGUCACAUUACAGAGAGCCUUCCCCAUACUAAUAGCAUAAAUAUGAUACUGUUUGUAACCAGAUGGGCUGAUUUACCAUACUCCCAACAGUGGUGAGUACAUUUCACUGCAAAUAUUUGCAUUAUAGGUGCUGUUUUAAAAAGGGGACACAUAUCUUUCUUGGAAGAUCCAGGUAUAAUGUUGGGACUUGUGAUGAAUGUUCUGCUUUGACAUUUCAGAAUCUUGCAUCCUUGUUCUUAAGUUCAAUGAUCAAGCUCAGCCUACUGUUGGGCUCAAUCAAUGGUCUCAGUACAUUUACUCAAUACAUUCGAUAUUGCCAAAUUGCUUUCAUUAAGUUUGUGAUGGUAAAAUGGUGAAAAAGAUACUGUGUGAUCAAUUUGUUUAAUUUCCAUUUACAAUUUGAAAGCAAAUUAAAAUUCCAGGUUUAUCUCCUAAACUAUCUAUCUGGAUGAUCAUGUAUGUGCAUGUUGAGAAUGUUCUGAGGCUUGAACAGUCAGAAAUCUUGUUAUCUAUUGUUAAUGUAGCAGUUUGCACAAAGGAUACAGGGAUGGGCCUUACUCAUCCGACAACCAUACAGAAAUGUAUAGUGGGAUGUGAACUCUUCACCUCAUCUGCAGAAACAAAGAUAAUAGUGACACCAGACAGGACUGUACAUCAUUGCUGUUAUACCACUCAGACAGAUAAAUACAUCCUACAGUUGAGGUUUGAGAAUGGGUCCUCAUAGGAAUGAUUUCUGUCUAUGUGACAUGUUAUCGAUCAGUGACAGUCUUAUCCCUAGUACAUGUAGUAGAGCCUCCCUGCAGAUCUACCGGUAUGUGAUAACAUGGUAAUAUCUAGUCGUAAGCUGAUCUGUGACUUGUGUCCAAUUCGUCCAAUUAUCUUUGAACUAUUUUACGUUCACUCAUGUGGAUGGUGAAAAGACAUAUGAUGUUAACAGCAGCAGGUAUAAAAGUAGACUUGUCUCACAGUCCCUGAAUCAUAUUAUUUUCCUUUCCGCCCAGCCCUUUCUGUCAUAGAAAAGCCAUAAAUGAAACAAGUCAAGAUUUUCCCUCAGGUUAAGGAUCUCCCAUCUCCUUUCCAAUUGAAAAGGAGUUGCUUGGUUCUAUCAAAAUUAUAUAUUGUGUUGGCUUAGUGUUGGCUUAGUAUGAAAAGGAAGGGCCUCACUGUUGGACAUAUCCAGUAGCUACUUGUUUUCACAUUGUCAGUUAUUCCAAGAGAUGACUUUAUUCCACUGCAUACAGUGCGAUUGUAAAUAUAUAAUAAAGCUGUUAUAUUAUCAAA